CUCGGGAGCACUGCUGCACUUGACGCCUGGAUUGACACCUUCUCUGUUCAGACAGGCUAACACUUCAUAGAAAGGGAUGACCGUAGGGUGUCGGGCGGCUCUGAGGCAAGGCACAAGCUGCUUGCCUCGUGGUGCGGCAAUACCCAGAAACGGGCAAACUAGUCCAUGUCUUCCACGUCCUCACCCUCCACGGCAACCGCCGCAACAGCAGGUAGGGUGCAGCAGACCUUUCUCCACAGCAGGUACCCCUCCACUCCGCCGGCGCAAUCGGACAAGCCCAUCCUCCGGGCCCCUCAGCGCCUCACAGCGCCUCUCCAUCUUCGGCUCCUACGACCUGAUCUUACCCCGCGUCGACAACCUCAACGGAAAUGUCCUCCGCCAACAACGGCGACCCGUUCCCAACACAAUCCCCAUCCCCGACCGGGACGAGAACGAGUGUCCGGUCGUGACGCUCAACGAGCCGCAUCUGAAGACGGAGAAGGAGCUGGUCGGGCUGAGGAAGGCGUGUGCGCUGGCGAAGAGGGCGUUGGAGGAGGCGGGAAGGAUGGUUGAGGUGGGCGUGACGACGGAUGAGAUUGAUCGGAGAGUUCACGAAUUCAUAAUACAAAACGGCGCAUAUCCAAGUCCGCUGGGCCACAUUGGGUUUCCCAAAUCCAUUUGUACAUCCAUCAACAAUGUCAUCUGUCACGGAAUACCAGACUCUCGUCCUCUGCAGGAUGGAGACAUCAUCAACAUAGACAUCACCGUCUAUCUUCAAGGCUACCACGGCGACACCAGCGCAACCUUCCCAGUCGGCACCGUCGACGCCCGCGGCCUGCACCUCGUCGCCGCCACAAAAGACGCAAUGAACAACGCCAUCGCCCUCUGCGGGCCCGGCGUGCCCCUCAACCAAAUCGGCCACUCCAUCAGCACCCACGCCCACGCGUCCAAUUACACCACCUCCCCGGACUUCUGCGGCCACGGCAUCGGCACCCAGUUCCACGAGCCGCCCAUGAUCUACCACUUUGAAAACACCUGCCCCGGCGUCAUGGCCCAGGGCAUGACCUUCACCGUCGAGCCGAUGCUGUGUCAGGGCGCGUGCGCGUAUGUGCUGUGGCCGGACUGCUGGACCGCCGUUACGAGGGAUGGUGGGCGGUCGGCGCAAUUCGAACACACGAUCCUGAUCACGUCCUCGGGUGCCGAGAUCCUCACCUGAUCGCGCGCGUCGAAGCUGGGAGCGGGAAUCGCGACACCCGGGGUUUGCGUUCGUGGGGGAUCAACAAAGGGGAGAUGAAAACCAGAGAGAGGAACCAAGCCCAGACAGUCGCAUAAUGUACUGUAUAUAUUUCCCAUCGUUUUUUUCUUUUUCUGUCGGGUGUUGGGUCCAAAAAACAAUAUCAAAAAACGUACGAAACGCAAAGCAAAACGAAACAUAUGUACAGAAAAUGUUGCCGGGGGGGUGUUGCACCUGCAUGUCAAAAAAAGAAAAACAAAGGUUCGGUGUGUCCCAAAUCCGCCCCCAUUCCC